CCCGGGAGAGCCGGCGAGCAUUAAUAAAUCUCUAAGCCAGAGGAGGAAAACUCUGGCUGGGGCAGUGCGUGCAGCUCCGGCGGCGCAGCGGUGGGGGAAACGGCGGCGCCCACGGCAGGAGCAGCCCUAGCUAGCAAAACACACCAGAGGCGACAAACCGAGAGGAGCCCUCGCUCGUAAACACGCUCCCCUCCUCGGUCGCUUGCCCCGGGUGCCGCGCGCCCGCCAGCUUUGGCGCCAGAGAAGGCUCGGACUGCUAUGUAACGUCGAGGCUGCGGGAGGAGGAGGAGGCAGGAGUGUUAGGGGGAGAAGAGCCUGGGGCCAAGUUUGCGGGUCACUUCGGCAGGCGCCCUCUUAGCCCUCGCCUGGUUCCUUCUUGUUAGCCUAGCUGGCUCGGGUGCCCUUGGCCUUCUCCAGCUCCCCAGCUUGCUACGUUUUGCGGGCGACAUGGUGACGAUGGAGGAACUGCGGGAGAUGGACUGCAGCGUGCUCAAAAGGCUGAUGAACCGGGAUGAGAACGGCGGCGGCGCGGGCGGCAACGGCAGCGGCAGCCACGGCGCCCUGGGGCUGUUGAGCGGCGGCAAGUGCCUGCUGCUGGACUGCAGGCCGUUUCUGGCUCACAGCGCGGGCUACAUCCGAGGCUCGGUGAACGUGCGCUGCAAUACCAUCGUGCGGCGGAGGGCCAAGGGCUCCGUGAGCCUGGAGCAGAUCCUGCCCGCCGAGGAAGAGGUGCGCGCCCGCCUGCGCUCUGGCCUCUACUCGGCUGUCAUCGUCUACGACGAGCGCAGCCCGCGCGCCGAGAGUCUCCGGGAGGACAGCACGGUGUCGCUGGUCGUGCAGGCGUUGCGCCGGAACGCGGAGCGCACAGACAUCUGUCUGCUUAAAGGUGGCUAUGAGAGGUUUUCUUCUGAAUACCCAGAAUUCUGUUCUAAAACCAAGGCCCUGGCCGCCAUCCCACCCCCGGUACCUCCCAGCACCAAUGAGUCCCUGGACCUGGGCUGCAGCUCCUGUGGGACCCCGCUGCACGACCAGGGGGGCCCUGUGGAAAUCCUACCUUUCCUCUACCUCGGCAGUGCCUACCAUGCCGCCCGCAGGGACAUGCUGGACGCUCUGGGGAUCACGGCUCUCCUGAACGUCUCCUCAGACUGCCCCAAUCACUUUGAGGGCCAUUACCAGUACAAGUGCAUCCCCGUCGAAGACAACCACAAGGCCGACAUCAGCUCCUGGUUCAUGGAAGCCAUCGAGUACAUCGACGCAGUGAAGGACUGCCGAGGGCGAGUGCUGGUUCACUGCCAGGCCGGCAUCUCCCGAUCAGCCACCAUCUGCCUGGCCUACCUGAUGAUGAAGAAGCGUGUGAGGCUGGAGGAGGCUUUCGAGUUCGUCAAGCAGCGCCGGAGUAUCAUCUCGCCCAACUUCAGCUUCAUGGGCCAGUUGCUGCAGUUCGAGUCUCAGGUGCUCACCACGUCCUGCGCCGCCGAGGCUGCCAGCCCUUCCGGGCCCCUGCGGGAGAGGGGAAAGGCCACCCCGACCCCCACCUCGCAGUUCGUCUUCAGCUUCCCUGUGUCGGUGGGCGUGCACGCGGCCCCCAGUAACCUGCCGUACCUGCACAGCCCCAUCACCACCUCCCCCAGCUGUUAGGACUCGUCUCCAGACACCAAGUCCAGAGUCGGCCCCCAGUGAGUCGCCAGCAACCUGUGAACAGCGAAUAGGGACUGACCAGUGGGGGACCAGGUGACCAGGCUCCGUCUCCAUCCAUUUCUCCUUGGCCAACCCCAGGGCCAGCUAGAAUGGCAAUAACGACUUUGAAUACACAUUAAAAACAAACACAACUAAACACUCCAACAUAAGCAAUAACGGCAGCUUCCGCUGCCAGAGAAGACUUGGUUUCUGUGUCAGUUUUUACUUUGCAGGUAGAAAUUUACCUCAUUAUUAUUAUUAUUA